GUGUGGCAGUGUGGGGGCAGCGUUGAGGUUUUGCCUUGUGCACGCAUUGCCCACAUAGAGCGCGCCCAUAAGCCUUACACAGAGGACCUGACGUCUCACGUGCGGCGAAAUGCCCUCAGGGUAGCAGAGGUUUGGAUGGAUGAAUUUAAAAGCCACGUCUACAUGGCCUGGAAUAUUCCCAUGGAGUGCAAAACGUUUCGCUGGUACCUGGUCAACAUCUACCCUGACAUGAGGAUGUACAGCGACACCAUUGCAUAUGGAGUACUGAAAAACUCUCUGAAGAGCGAUCUAUGCCUGGACCAGGGCCCGGACAAUGACAAUGUCCCCAUCUUGUAUCUUUGUCACGGGAUGACCCCACAGAAUGUGUACUACACCAGCAGUCAGCAGCUCCACAUUGGGCUCCUCAGUCCCACCGUUGAUGAUGAUGACAACAAGUGCCUGGUGGACGUGAAUAGCAGGCCGCGCCUCAUCGAGUGCACCUAUGCUGCAGCCAAACGCAUGAAGCUCCACUGGCUCUUUACUCAGGGAGGAUCCAUUCAAAACAGGAAAUCAAAGAGAUGCCUUGAGUUCGUAGCAAACAGCGACAACGAAUUUGGCUACCAACUGGCUCUGCAAAAAUGCACUGGACAAAAAUGGUUCAUCACAAAU